AUGGACGCCCUCGGUGUCUACGUGCUGACCUUUAACUGCGCCAGAAACGUGAUCGAUGUCGACUCGUUCGCGGAUCACUUCUUCGAUGCCCUCCCCGCCUCCGGUGCGGGGAGCUCCGCACCGGAUCUGAUUUUCCUCUCCCUGCAAGAAAUAGCACCUAUCGCCUACUCAUUCCUCGGAGGAUCCCUCCUCCUGCCGUACUUCAAUGCCUUCCGGCGCGCCGUGCAGAAAGCCUCCGCGCAAAAAUGGGAUCAACACUACGUAAACUUCCUCACCGACAAUACGGGCAUGACGGGCCUGAUGCUGUUCGCGCGCGACGACACCCUGCGCAAGAUUGCCUGGAAAGAUACAGCUCAUGUCGGCGUUGGACUCCAGCAGAUGGGCAAUAAGGGCGCUGUCGGGGCGCGUCUGGGAUACGUUGUGGAUGGGCAUUCGUCGAAGACUGUUGAUCUUACUUUCGUUGCGGCUCACCUUGCGCCCAUGGAGGACUCUUGUGAGCAGAGAAAUCAAGACUGGCAGAGUAUUGUUGAGCGGCUUGUGUUCACUCAUGACAAGAGCGGACCAACGAAGAAGGAUAGUGUCGACGAGAGUACCCGUCUGCUUGAUGAUGCUGCGUCCGCGCAUGCGGAGGGCAGUCGGAGGGACCUCUUCGCGCCGAAUGCCUACCUCUUCCUUGCCGGAGACCUGAACUACCGCACCUCGGACAUCAGUCCCUCCACCGAUGAAAUUGCACAGUUCCCUCGGCACGACGCCCACGUUGAUGAUCCCACGCACUACUCUCACCUCCUGAAGAAAGACCAGCUCAAGCGCGAAAUGAACCAAGGUAGAACCUUCCAUGGACUGUCUGAAGCGCCGAUCGACUUCCCUCCUACAUAUAAGUACUCGCACGCUGCGUGCCAGGACGUUCGCCAGGGCUUGGAUGCCAAGGAUCAGGAAUGGAAAUGGUCGACUCACCGCUGGCCUAGCUGGUGCGAUCGGAUUCUCUACCUCGAAAAGCCCACGUGGGUCGGCGAGGCUGGAAGUGUUACGCCGCUUGCAUAUACGGCACUGCCUCUCUUUGCGGAGUCGGAUCAUCGCCCUGUUGCACUCGUUGCAUCAAUCCCGCUCAAUUCCUCCGAAGCAGCUCCAGGCAGAGAUUUGGCUCCGUUCUCCAUCGAUCCGAGCUGGGAAGCUAAGCGCGACAUGGCGCGACGGAAAGAGGUGGUGGUGGGGGGGACUUGCAUAUCUGGGGCUGACCAGAGAAGGAAAUGGGUUGCUGGUUGUCUCGUUGUUUGGGAUGUUCGGAGCAUACUUCAUUCUUCGAUCCUUGUUGGAGGUUUGAGCGUGGACCGAUACGGUGAAUGGCGCUAG